CGGAACACAUCCUUGGAAGAGCAGACUACUAUUUCCGGUAGCAGUUCUGAUAGCUCUUCCCCGAUCAGUGCCUCCCGUUUGGUCGAUUGAGAUAUUUUCUGGAGUAAACUUGACGUUGAAAAGGAAUAAAGAUGAGCGCGUGGAGGCAAGCUGGACUUAACUACAUCAACUACUCGCAAAUUGCUGCUAAGCUCGUUCGGCGUGCUUUGAAGCCUAACUUUCAAGCUGAUGCUCUCAAACGGGAUGAUUCUACCGUCAAGUUUACCCAAUGGAAGGAUGGCAAGGCAAUCACCGAUAAAUACUAAAGUCAUCAAUACAGCAAUAAACUACAACAUUGUGGCACCAUAGGGCAGUUCACCUGAUGAAUGCGGGUUGAUUAAGAGUAAUUCAUGUAUGAUAAUACCAGUUGUUAUGUAAAAUAAACACAUCUUCACACAA